AUGGCCGCUGCUGAAGAGGAAUCCUCUUUGAAAGAUGUUUUUGAACAAGGAUUUUUGUUGCAUUGUCAGAUAGAAGACAGUGAUGAACCUAGCAAUUCAGAAGCAUUUCAGGUAGUAUCUUACAUGUACGUUAAUAUCAUACGUAUUCCUAUUUUAAAAUGUCAAAAAAUGGGAAUGAAAAUGUAAAACUUCUGAAAACUUGCACUUCUUUUCAGCUUUUUAAUAGCAAACCCAGUGGCUAUUAAAAGGUUGCCCUGUAUUCUGUAGCUAUGCCAGAGUAAAUUAUUAAUGUUUAGCAACUGAGAUUUGGGAAGUUUUAAGGACAUGAAAAUAGCUUACAAGAUACAUUAUGUAUCUAAAGUCUUUUUUAAAUACGUUAAAAAUUAUUAAACAGUGAAGUUGAGGACAAUUUAUGCAGCACUGCCCUGUUCACUUUCCCCUGUGAUUAAGAACCAUUUUUGUUCUGUCAGGAAAUGCAAUUGUUAAUGUACUGUAAACAGGGUUUGCAAAUUUUGUUGAUGAGUGGAGUCAGUGUGACUUCUGCUUCACAAAUUUUGGAGUCAUUUUGGAAUAUUUGGAGUCAAGUAUCAGAAUUUCCAGCACGUGAUCCCGGCAUGUAUACACUAUCAUGAGGGAUACACGAAGUAGCUGUGGCGGUCCGCUGACCUGGAAAGCUCAAAUCCAUGAUGGCGGGCAUCGAGUAAACUUUGAUCAUAAUUUACCCUCUUCCUGUUUUGUCGUGCAGUAUAAUUCUUUAAUUCGCUGAUUUAAUUAAGGUUUACAACGUUUACAAUUAACGUAAAUUGUAUUUGCUGCGAAAGAGGUAGGGACAAAACUGUGUUUGUUACCGAAAAUUUCUGGAGUCGAAGUAGUUCCCUGUUUAUUACCGAAAAUUUUUGGAAUCGAAGUGACUCCCUCCAUAACCUCAGUGGAGUCAUCUGAACAAUUUUGGCAUAAAAUACGUCAAAUUUGGCGUAUUUGUGAACCCUGCGUAAAAUUCGGAAAAUGAGCCCUGGGGCUUAUAUUUUCAAAGGCUUUUUUUGAGGGUCUUAUAUUUGGAGGGGCUUAUCUACAGAAGGAAAUUUGCGUCUCAAAAUCAACUGCGCUAGCCUUACAGCUGGAAGUAAAUUUACCGUUUCUGCUUUGUUUUACUUUGUAUUUGACCGUAAUUUUCCAAGUACAUGCCCCUGGAGAGCUUUUAUUUGGAGGGGCUAUUUAACGUAGGGUUUUUCACGUUACCAGUUAGGGGCUUAUAUUUGGAGGGGCUUAUACAAUGAGGGGCUUAUUUUUGGAAUUUUACAGUAUCUUGAAUGGCUUUUCAAAGCUUUAAAAAAAGAACUGGCCCCUUAGCUCAGGACUAAGUCUUUAAGCAUCCCUAGUAUGACGCGUAGUAUGGUCUGUAGUCACUUUUGGAUCUUUCUCCUUUACAGGAUGUUAUUUGUUUUUAAUUAUUUGUAAAUAAAGGUUUUAAGAAGCUAGCCAGUCACACAGGACAAGUAACCAGUCGUUACUACUUGAAAAAAUUGUCCUACAGACAUGGUUUCUUUGUUUUAUUAGUUGGCUAUAAAAGCUGUUUGCCAACUGGCCCCGACAUACCUGCUUAGGUUUCAGCUAUGGGGAAAGUAGUGAGGCCAGUUGAUUUUUAUGUUUGGCUUCAUUUACUUAAAGGUCAUCGCUCUGUCAAUUCCUUUUUUGCAGGAGAAGGUCACUACAGCAGUGAAUCAAUUUGUGCGUGCUACUGAGAUGGUCAAUAGCUUAGGUUUGUUCAGUGCAAAUGAAGAGUUAGCUGAAGUUCCCACAUCUGAGUUGAGGUAGGUAAGGCCUGCAUUUACUUGUAAUAAUUAUUGUGUUUUCACAUGAUGUCAUGGCGACCAUAUUGGUGUUCCAAAACAAUGAAAUGGGGGCCAUCUUGGUGUUCGAAACCAAUCCUCUAGGAGUUGAACUCUUUUCUUAUGCAAAAGAUUUCUUUUGUUCCAUCGAAUUAGCAUAGAUGCUGGCCAUGUGAGUGAAAACACUCUAUACUGCAGUUUUCAUGAAAUCAUUUGAUAAAGUUGAACCUCCAAAAGGCAACCACCCAAAAUACCAAGAGACCCAAAAACAAGUUUGGACAGUUUUAACAAAAGUUAAUCAAAUUUGUUUUUUGAGUUAGUAAUACAGCCAAACAGAACUUAGCCUUUUUUGUUGCUGUGUUUACCCACAACCUUAGACAAAACCUGUUAAGACACACUACAAAAAUAUUUUUUUUGCAGUUGUCCUGACAAAUAUGCUUACUGUCAUAAAUUGAAAGACAAUUCCCCCUCUCCCCUACAUGGGUGGGUUAAUUCCAGUGUUGUUUGCAGUAACACCAGGGAUGCACAUGUGAGCUGUUAGACCAAAACAACUUUGAACAGGGGGACUAGGGAAGGGGGUGACUUUGUUCCGUUUAGAGGAGAUUGUAGUAUGGUGCGAAGUUAUUACAAAAUACUUGAAAGUGUCUCAAUAGUUUUGUCUGGGGUUGUAGCUACGCUUGCAUGUUUUUUUGGAUGUUCCAUCUUUCUAGAAUUCAUGAAUGUCUCCCAGGAAGCACCUACAUUGUGUGUACCCCCUCCCCCCUUUAACUUUGUUAAAUUUUUGGUGUUUUGGAAAAUUUUAAAUUUUAGCUCAGCAGGUAAGGGACCAUUUGUGGCCAGCAAGGCGAAAAAUAUGAGCCAGAGGCGCACUUUCCUGGGGGGGAGGGGGUAGUGGAGUGAGGGACAUGGCUUUGACCUCACUGUGAAAUUUAGGAGCUAAGUUCUCUGAAACAUCAAUCCCUCAUUUGAAGACCUAUUUUAUGCAAUUCAGCAGUUGUUGUCUUUAGACAACAAUUUAAAGUGUUUGAUUCCAAUAAUUUUGCACUGUCUUCAAUGCUCACUUUCCAAAAUGCGUGGCCCAUGAAAAGAAAAGCUCUGUAUAGUUUAGUACAUUUCCAUAUAUUCAUUCAUUACCUUGAUCGGAUUGGAUUUGAUUACAACUUGCGUAUUUUUUAAAACAACGUCUUUAAUAUUUUAGUAAACCUUUGAGCAGUUGCAGGCAGUAAGAAGUGUUGCUUCAGAUGGUAAAUUUUACUGUUUAUGGCCCGAUAAGUAGAACAAUGUUACUGUAUGUUUCUAUUUGAGGCAGGUUUUUUAUAAUAAAUUCGCAUGUGAGAACAAUGGUUCACUCUUAUUCAGAUGCCUUGCUAUUUUCCAGGUACAGUACAUAUGAAUUUCCAGAAAGGUGAAACUGAUACUCUUUCAAAUAUAAUUUUUAAUUUUUUUUUAGAUUUCUGUUGCUGCCCGCAUUUCUUGGAGACCUGUUUCUCAGACAAAUGACCCCUGACAGACUCACUAUAUUGAAUAUUUCAAAGGUACAUUGUAGAUCAGGGUUUUUACAGGCCAUGGAAAACCUGGAAAGUGAUGAAAUUUAAGAAUUUCAUUUUCAAGGCUUGGAAAGUCAUGGAAUUUAACAUUGUUGGUCCUGGAAAGUCAUGGAAAAUUGAAGUUAUGUUUGGUAGAUUUGUUAUUGCAGAUGUCAAAGCAAGGACAAUGUGCAAUAGAGACGAGUAAUAAACAACACAAACGGCUUGCAUGUUUGUCGGAGACGAGAGUUUGUGUCUGUUGAACUGCGUUUAUAUAAAAAUACCCUAAACUAAAGAAAAUUUUGAAAAUUUUCAGAAGUAGAAGAUAAACUUAGGGUUGGAGAACUUGGAAAAUGGAAAUGGUUGGUGAAACGUAUUAUUGAAAUAAUGAAUCUCCCAGUUCCAGGGGAUAGGCUUGAAAAUUUUGCACUGUUAUGCUAAAAACGAUUAUUAUGCUUUGGUCUUAAGUGCAUCCUUUAAGUUACAAUCUAAAUGUACAGUGAUUUUGUCACCUUUGCGUCCUGUGUCCCGACAUGUAAAAAUCGCCAAAGAUUCAAAAUAAUAAUUUCAUGGCAUGUGUCUUGUAGAACAUAAAGAUUGAUCUAUCGAUCUGAAGAUGUUUUUGUAGAAUAUCCCAUUCAUGUGAUUCUGUGAUUUGUUUUAGUCUUUUUUGUGCUUUAAAUACACAUGUAGAAGGACUAUAUCUUAAUUUUAGUAAACUGUACUAAAGAAAGUAUGACUACCGCACAGGUUGUCGAAGCGUCAGUCACUGUCAACAACAACAGUCAUAUUCAGGACUACGUUCACCUGGACGAUCAAACUCAACCUACUUUUGAAAUGACUCCUGGGUUCAAACCUUUCACAGUUUUAGACAGUGUAAAGAGUUUUGGAGUCUGUUUUCAGAUUAACUGUCUGGUUGCAAAAAAGCCCAAGCAUUUUCAAUUAGGGCCUCAUCGUUUUUUGAACUGGGACUCAUGAGUUUUCACCAGAUGAGUCCCAGGACUCACCAUAACUAUUUGUAACAAAAUCACUGCAGGUACUAUUAUUUUGGCUAGUUAAGACAAUUCAGAGCUUAGCCAUGUUAUCUACAUUGUGUCAGAGGUUCCCUACAAGUGUCUUUAUUCUUCCACUUUUUUCAGCCCUUGAAAUGUCAUUUUCUGUAUUAUUUUGGCUUUUAUGUGAUGACAUCAUUGUUUAUGCUUUUCCUUUGCAGGUAUAUUUUGUAGAUUAUUUGAAAAGAUGCAAAAACUAUGGAGUGACAGACAUUGUAAGUAUAUAUACCUGAGUUGUUCUCUUAUUUUUAGCUGAGUAAAUGCAAUUAUUGGCAAAAUUAUUUACAUGUUUCUUAGAGUGGAGCUCAUAGAUAGAAGGAAUUAGUGAUUGUGUAUCAACCUGCGGAUGUGCUAGACAAAGGGGUUUCUUUUUUGUUUUGUCCCAUGUUUCCCAGCAGUUGUUAGAACUGUUUCUCAAGAAAUGGUGAAUAGCAUGGAUAUAAGUAAAAAAUUAUAUAAAUAUUAUUAAAAUUAGAGGAAGAUGAGGACAGCAAAAACGUUGCCUAAAAAGUGAAUAAUUUCUUAUUUUUUUAAAAUCUUUAUUGUGAUUAUUUCAUCUCUAUUACAUUAUCAAAUGUGGGCGAACUCUCCUGGAGAUGAUGAAUACCCAAGAAUCAUAUCCAAGUUCAGAAAGAAAAAGAAAAUCUUGAGAUUGCUUGAUUAUGUCCCUUAUAAAAUGUGGUGAAAUUAGGCAUUUUCAUGUCGUAGUUGUGCAGUGAUGGCAAAGAAAUGUUUUUAUGUGAUUCGUGAUGCGUGUUGUAUAGCUUGUUAAUCCAAUUGCUUUUUUGACGUUCAUGUUGCUGUGACCGUUGUUGCAUCUUAAGGUCCAUAUUAUAUUUUUAACUUAAAUAACAAUAUUGUUAUUAUUGCUUGAUUAGUUUCAUUGACAACUGAAUAGCCACUAUAUAGUUAUGAUAUUGUUUUCUGGAAUUUUUAAGGACUUAACAGGUUAUUACUGCAUGUUAUCUUACUUUAAUCCUCUGUUGUGUUUUUCAGGAUCUCUCCAGGUACACGGAAAAUUCCAGUUCAGUUGAGGCAAACAGCAGAAGUAUCAGCCAAAUGGCCAACAGUCGUCAAGAAAAAAUAGCCAGAUACAAAGAACAAAAAGAACAAGAAAGAAGACUUAAGGUAGUGGAAAAUUUUUUGUCACAUGAUUGUUUGUAAAGUUUCUCUGUGACUUGAAAAUUGUGAAAUAAGGUAGAAUUUUUUCCCGUGUUUCGUGUUGAGGUCAUGAAUUUUGCAUUCAAAAAAGAUCAGAAGUACAGAAAUAGAUUUUGUCAAUUUUUCAAGCUUUACAUAGUUAUUGAAAUUAAGAUAGUGUACAUUGAUGGUUGAUAAUUUCUGCAGCUCACGUCACCUUCGUUCCAUGUUGAAAAUUUUUUUUGAUCGAAGAAAUACUGUUUGUAGCUGACUGUCCACUUUUUGUUUUUGAAGGAACUCAAGUCACUUAUCAGCGAUCCAUCAAAAGUUACUGUAGAUGAGGAUAUUCAGGUAUUCCACACUUAACUGAAAGAAUGAUUGAAACAGUGAAAAAUGACUUCAGAUGUUUGAAAAAUCAAGAUCAAUAAUUGGAAUGUUUAUUUUUGUCAGCUGUAUGUGAUCAAUCUUUUUUGUCUUCACAGAGAAACUACUAUGUUCUGCUGUUAAAGUUUUGGGUAAAUAAAGCCGUGGAACACAUCACAAGUCUGCAUAGUAAGUUGAAUAUAUGAUCUGGAUACUUCCCUUAGGAGCAGAAGCUAGCCUCUAGAUAGCUGGGAUGUACCUUCUGUAAUGAUAAAAAAAUAUCAGUUUAUAUUUAACAUAAUGUACAGACGGAGAUGACCUCUAGUAGCUAAUUAAAAAAUGUACCAUACAGUAUAUUGUAACAUCCAAGAAGUUAUUGUAAGACACUGAAGCCUUGAAAAACUCAGUAAUCUUAGCUUUACCUUGAUUUUAAAUCCUCAGGUGAAAUAGAGAUUCUAGAACAUAUGGCAACUCUCAAAAGAAAUGGUGGAGAUAACAGCAGGCAGGAAAGCACAGCUGGUACAACCAAGGUACAUGUAGAAAGGCUUGAGGUCGCGGGGGGGACGGGAGGGUGGGUGGAUAAGGGGAAGUUUUUAGCCAGGUGAACAUCUGGGUGUCCUGUGGACGUCCACUUUUUGGAGCAAAAUAGGCGUUUUCGUUAUAUCUUGAUAUUUAUUAAGUUAAGAAAGAGAGAUGGGAGUUCUUUGUUUGGAAAAUGUGGAAAGCUUUCAGUUCCUCUAUUAAUCAAGCUUCAGUUAUGUAGAAUUUGCUGGAGGGAAAGGGCUUGUUCCCAGUCUCAAUCAAAGGGAGGGGUGGGGGGCUUCUCUGAUGUCAUCUAUAAUUUCUUGUUCUUGUCUAAUACAAGGGAAGGACCAGGUUUGAGUUUAGACUGUAAAUAGAAGGGACACAAAAAAAGAAUCCUCAAGAAUAUCCAACCACCGUGUUUAGUGUAAACUACAUGCUAUACAUACGUUGUGUUUUCUUGCUUUUUAGUCUCAACAAGCUUUCAAGCCAAUCCUUAUAACAAGGCAAAUGAUUAAGGUAAUUUUUUGUGUUUGUAUCAUUUGGCAGAUGAUAGUUAGCGAAGUGUGUCUACCAUUCCAAAGUAAACGUAGCUUAUCAUGGUACUCGUGACUGUAGCAGUUUUUUUCUAAAUGAAGAGCAAUCACCAAAACUUCCAAGACUCAAUGGGGGCUUUCCUACUUUAAACCGGGUUUGAUACUUUGGGCAAGGGAGUCGCCUUUGAGAGGUGGUUACACGUUUGAUCGUACUUCUAAGGCCUAGUCCAAACGUCGAACUUUUCACGAGACGAACCAAACUCUAAUUUGGGUCCACCUAAACUAAGUUAAGACCGUCUGUUGGGUCAGACGUCGAACUUACGACCCGUCGAACCAAUCAACUAAAUCAGGGGCACCCAACGAGGAUAUAGUUCAAAACCAGUUAACAUAGCAUUGUUGAACGUAUUUUAGUAUUUAAACGGUAGAUAUAGGCAUAUUUUUAUCCCCUAAAAACUUUUCAUCUGUUCGGAUUUCCUAGCUGAAAGUCUAGUGAGUCGAAAAUUAUAGGGCUCAAAACUUACCUUUUCGAAAAUUUCAGUCAGGAAAAGGCUCCCGAAAAUUCUAGGUGGCCUUUUUUAGGGUGAAUAUCCGUUUAAAAUGGGUAAUUAUACCAUUUUGUAGAUGUUCGAAAAUCCUAGGAGAGGCAGGCAAGCAAGAAAUUUUACAACAAAUGUUCCGAAACUUCUAGUUCUCAAAUCGUCUUCCGAACAGAUAUUUUCCCGAAAGUUGCCGUUGGGUGCCCCUGACUAAAUCAGACCAAAAGCAAAUUUAGCAAGCUAGUGAUAAGUUUUCUCCCGAAAGAGGCUAAAUAUACAUUAAUAUACAAAUUUUCGAUUUAUUAGUCUAGUUCAUCGCAUGUGAAGAUCGAGGUUUGUCCCGGAAACAAUCUUCAGACGUUCUAUCCGUCUGAAGCAGGCGGAAAGGACGUGUUGGACGAUCCAAACUCAUUCAGACGAACUUGACUGAGCCAGACGUCGAACUUUUCAUAAACUUAACUCGGUAAGUUUGUUUCGUCUCAUGAAAAGUUCGACGUUUGGCCUAGGUCUUAGGCUGCAUGCUUUCUUAGAAAAUAACUCUUGUUAAAGGAUACUUGUCAUCGCCAUAAUUCGAGGGUUUUCGGUAGAAGAAGAAGAGAGUCACCAUUUGAAACGGAUCCUGAGGGGGGAGAGCAGGAGGGUUUUAGUCUCUCCUUGUCGCGAUAACAAUUUUUCUCGGGUAUUAAUUAGUUUGGAAAAGCUGCGAAAAUAUUAUUUACUUGAUGAUGGUGAUGAUACCUUUAUUAUAAGUGUCAAAACUGUAAUAGCGGUGUAUAACCGCUAAGUGGGAACACUAAAAUAAGUUAAAAAUAAAAAAAAAAAAAAAGAAAUUAAUUAAUUAAUUAAAAAAAAAAAAAACAGAAUGAGUUUCGCGACUUUUCGCAAAAGUCAACCUAGCAAAUGCAGACACUUCGCUGUCAGCUGUGUGCUAUAAUAAAUUUUCCUUAUCGAAGGUAAAAAAUCCCCCUUCAGCUCUUAUCAUAUCGAUGUUCCCAGCGAAACAGUACGCCGUAUACGAUGAAUUGUAGGAGUCAAUUUCAGAUCGAACGAGUUAUGCAGAGAACACGUUUUUGUUAAGCGAUAAAAAAUUAGCGACUUUUGAGUGUUUCCAUGGACAUAGUCCGCUGGCUAAAUGGCGUCUUUGUUAAGGUUAGAGAUGUUUAAAUUGUCCUGCUGGUUUACUUAAAUAACUGAAAUAACAUAACCCGCUUUAUACGGACACCCUGUUAAUACGGACACUUUCGAUGGCCCCUUUAGUAUCCGUGCUAACAUGAUUUGACUGUACUGUACCCGGCCUUACCCUUAGGCGGAAAUGCAGUACAUCGUUUAGAGGUCUCUUGUGUCCAAUAAUGAUUAUAACUUCCCCAUGGGAUCAAUGUUGAGAGAUGCUUCAUUUGUUUGUCAGGACAAAGUAUUUGGUGCGGGCUACCCUGGUGUUCCUACCAUGACACAAGAGGAGUACCUAGAAAAGGAAAUCAUGGAAGGAAAAGUUGUUUUAGAUUAUAAAGAGUAAGUAAAGAUUAACUCGCCGCGUUAUUGUUUCCUUGGCAAGAGACUUUGCUCCCCUUCAUCUCUCUUUAACUAAGUGUGGUUAACAGUGACAUACUGUUGUCAGUAGCCUGCGAGCAAGCCCCUUCGCCCCGCCGUCAGAGCGCCCCGGAGAGCUUGCUAGCUGGCUAUGCUGUCAGUAACCCAUGGACCAGCAUCCCUUUGUUGGGAGGGGAGAACACUGAACACCCAGUGUUCUCUCCUACUCGUCACCUGGCAACCUCGUUCCCAGUGUUCUCUUCCCUUUGUCAUUCUGUUUACUAGCGUUUAAAUUUUUAAUUCUUAGCGAACAGAUCAGUGAUAAGAGCAAAAAAAGUGACGAUGAAUCAGAGGACGAGGAUGAUCCAGCUAAACUGCAGAAGAAAAGAGACUGGGACGAAUGGAAAGAUGGUUAGUUGGCCUUACAACUCUGUUAUUGAGUGAUAAUGGACAUGCAUAACGUGAUUCUAAUGGUGAAGUCCUGAACGCUUGCUUAAACGGAUCCAACAUCUACUGUUGUUGGAGGAUGUUGGACAAGGCGAUCAACCGAACCCAACAGCAUCCAACAUGUUGCUUGUGAAGUUAAAGUCGAAACGGUCUGAGGCAGAAUAAUUGUCCAACAUGUGAAACUUACGUGCGGAGCCUUUGUUUUGCUUAUUAAAGUUCCAAGCAAAGGAAGAAUAUUUGCGCAUGCUCGCAUCCAUCAUUAGCGACCCUCAAUUUUACUAGUACGAAAUCGAGCACGAGUACAAUAAUUCUUAAAUAUAAGCUCCCGGUUGCUCAUUUACCGAGGGGCUUAACUUUGGGAGCUUUUUUAUUCUUCUAAUUUUGGAGGCUUGUUUUCGAAAUUUACCGGUUUGGUGUUGUUUUCUUUUUGUUUCAGAUCAUCGACGUGGCUGGGGCAACAGAGAAAAUAUGGGGUAA